AUGGUCGACAGGCACAGCUGCAGAGAUGUCGGCCUCAUGGACGGUCCGUUCAUGGCUUUUGCACUCUCAAGCAGCGGCCGGCUCCUGGCUUGCUUGAGCACCAAAGGUGUCUUCAAGGUUCUCGCUGUCGAAGAAAACUUGCAAGUCUUGGAUGUUGCUAACAUCGUCGAGACAAUCAAGAAGCCGAAGCAGAUGGUGUGGUGCGGGGACGACUGCAUCGCCUUGUAUUUGAUAGCGCAGACGCCAUCCAGCAGUUUGCAGCACAUCCUUUUCGUUGGAGGGCCCCAGAAUGAUUGGAUUCCAUACCAGUACGACACCCCAUUGCAUCUGGUGUCGGAGUGUGACGGUUGCCGAGUACUGGGAACAAACAAGAUCGAGUUUGUUCAGAGAGUGCCUCCUAGCGUGGAACAGAUCUUCAGCAUCGGGAGCUUCGACCCACCCGCGAUGCUGUGCUAUGCGCUGGAGCGCUACGAAAGCGGAGAUGUUUGCGCACAGGAAUCCUUGAGACCCAUCAAGGCCGAGCUGCCAGAAGCCGUGUCAACCUGCAUCGAUGCCGCUCUUUGCGAGCAGCCGCCGCACUCGAGCAACCUGCUUAGAGCUGCAAGUUUCGGACGCCAUUUCUUGUCAGAGACGCCAGAGCCUGACCGACACAGGGACGCUUGCAAGAACUUGCGGAUCUGCGUGGAGCUGCGAAAAUCCCCAAUCGAAAUUCCCAUCACGGCGGCCCAGCUAGAGAAGCUUGGCAUCGCAGGCUUAACCCUGAGAUUGGCGCAACGUCACUUCCAUCUGCUGGCGAUCCGGAUAUGCGAGUGGACGGGGCAUUCACAAGAGAAGGUCCUUUACCACUGGGCUUGUGAGAAGAUUCGGCAUUCAACCGCGUACACCGACGAGCAGCUGUGCCAGAUCAUCCUGAGCAAGUUCCAGCGCUGCCCUGGCAUCGGAUAUGCUGAGGUGGCUCGGGUGGCGGCCGAAACGGUCCGAACAGUUCUGGCCACAUCCCUCCUGAAUCAUGAGCCAAGAAGCCAUGCGCAGGUGCAGGUAUUGGUUCAAUUGAGUCAGGAAGGGGACGAGAAGAACCGAGAGAUCAUGCUUCGUAUUGCCUUGGACAAGGCCGCGCGAAGCUGGGAUCCUGACUUGAUUCAUCUUGCACUGUCCGCUGCCAGCGGAGGCGACUUGUGCAAGCGAGGGGCGGACAUCCAAGCUGUGGCUCGUCUUGUCAAAGAAAGACCCUUCGAGUUGCAGGUCAUUAGCGACAUGGUCACUGGCAUCCUGUCAAAGGCUGAGCAGUUCGACCGUGCACGAAUGCUUUGCGACCAGCUCGACCGCAAGCGUCCGGCUGCCUAUUGCGCGUUGCACCGAAUCUACCGGCAAGCCAAUUAUGAGGAGCGGAUGAAGCUUCUGCGCUUCUCAAAGGAUCUCUUUGCCAUAAGCGAUGCGACAGCCACAGAUGCUGAGAAGGCUUCAAUGCAAUUUGCGUCACAAGCAUGUGCCGAGGAAAUCGACCUUCUGCGUGCGCAGGUAUCACUCGAGGAUCAAGCCGCCUCCAAGCACUGGAAGGGGAACACUCGCUUUGCAGGCUUGCCAUUGGCAUCUACACUCGUCAGGCUGAUUGAGAUCGGGGAAGUUGUGGAAGCCGACAACCUGCGAUCUCAAAUGAAAGUACCAGAUAAGAGAUACUGGCGAAUCAAGAUUCGUGGUCUGAGUAACGCCGCCAACUUUGAAGAGCUCAAUGCAUUCGCCACCCAUCGGACUUCCCCCAUUGGCUACGAGCUGUUCAUCGAGACCUUCUUGAAGCACGGCCGGCAUGACUUCGCCCUGGCAUUGGUCCCACAAGUGAAGAGUGCAGAACAGCAAGCUCAGUAUUUUCUGCGGAUGGGAAUGGCAGAGGAAGCUCAACGAGCACGAAGCCGCGGAGAGGAGCGGUCAGGGGCUGGGCGUUUGCUGAACAUGUUUGGGGUGGGCCGGUGA